UAGGCCCGCUGUCUCGGCUGCGAAGGAAGGCGCUGCCCCCAGUAGGUCUCGCUGCUCCUGCCCAGCGCCGGCCGGAGCGGAGCGGCCCGGAGUGACGUGAGAAGUGCGUCUCUGCGAUUCAGGGGAUCUGUCUGCGCCUAGCGCUUGAACCGCUCCUCAGGCCUGACAUCCGCCCUUGAAGAGGAUGGUUUGAAGGUGGGUGAAGAACGCGAUCUGACUUGGCUCCCUUUCAGACCGUGGAAAAUGGCAGCAGCGCUGGGUGCCGGAAGUGGUUCUGCUGGGUCACCUGGGCUCCCCAAUUCCGUGCCAGGGCAUGCCGUCCUGCCCGCAGUGGCUGUAUGGGAAUGGCAGGACGAGUUCGGCAGGUGGAGGCCAUACAGAGGGAGCGUAUGCAGCUUUAUCGAACAGGCUCUCCAGGCCCCUGCGCAGAAGGGGAGACGAUCGGGAACCGGGCUGGCCAGCAGCAGUAUCCCAUUGGGGCAGGCAGAUGCCACGCUCGCCCCUUACGUCAUCGACAUACCAAGCCUGAUGCAGUUCCGACAGGACACAGGAACCAUGCGAUCCGUCCGCAGACACCUCUUCGCUCAAGACUCCGCGGCCGGGCAGGGCAUCGUGUGGGAGUGGCAGAAUGACGAAGGCGGGUGGUCUCCAUAUGAGAUGAAGGUCUGUGUGUUCCUGGAGCAAGCCUUCACGCAUGGCCUUCGGCAUGUAGACCUGAGCUCCUUGGGCUACAACUACGACAUUGAUUUUGUAUCGCUGGUCCAGACCAACAAGACCUCCAGGUUCCGACGAGGUAUUCAGAGGCGCAUGGACACCCCGUAUCCGGUGACCACGGCCACGGGGCCCCUUCACACGGCAAUGGCUUGUUCUUGUCAACAGUGCUUGUUGAAUAGUGGAACUGGCCCCAUCACCACGCGCUAUCGGCACUCCAUGAUAAACCUCCCCAGUUCAUCAGCUGUGCCGCAGGUUUCCAGUCGGACAGCUGCACUAAGCUCUUCUGGUGUCGGCUUUGUGCCCUAUAACAAACCAACCUUGUCUGGAGCCAGGUCAGCGCCGAGACUCAAUACACAGAGUGCAUGGGCGCUGCCUCAGCCUGUGGGAGCCGGAGCCCCGAGCCCAGGACUGUCGGCGUCGAACGGAGUCAGUGUCCCAAAUCUGCCGGUUGAGAUGCCCAAGCCCAGCAAAGUGAACCAAGCUUUGGCAGGCAUGACGGCUAUGCUGAUGUCAGCCACUGGACUUCCUGUGCGUCUGACCUGUGCGCCACAACCUGCCAGCACCCGUAGAGCCACUAAAAAAACCAGCUCAGUUAAGGAAGGGAGGAAAGUGUCCGAGAAAGUGACCCCCAGCGAGCCUGAGCAGGUGGUGAGGAAAUACUUGGAAGAGCUGAGAGGAGCCCCCGCUGAUGAGGACUGUAUCAUCUGUAUGGAAAAGCUGGCAUCGCCCUCUGGCUACAGUGAUGCCUGUGAGUGCAAGACAAUCAAGCCGGAAGCGGUGGGGCAACUGACCAAAUGCCAGCACGCUUUCCACCUGCUCUGUGUGCUGGCCAUGUACGCCAACGGGAACAAGGAUGGCAGCUUGCAAUGCCCCUCCUGUAAAACUAUCUAUGGUGAAAAGACCGGCACUCAGCCGAAAGGGAAGAUGGAGGUUUCAACUUUCACUCAGUCCCUUCCCGGCCACCAGGACUGUGGGACGAUACAGAUCGUGUACUCCAUUAGCAGGGGAAUUCAGGGACCGGAGCACCCCAACCCAGGAAUGCCAUACACGGCCAGAGGCUUUCCCCGGUACUGUUACCUUCCCGAUAACGAGAAGGGCAGAAAGGUCCUGGAUCUAUUGAGGGUGGCCUGGAAGAGGCGUCUGAUUUUCACCGUGGGCACUUCCAGCACGACCGGCGAGAGCAACACGGUGGUGUGGAACGAGAUCCACCACAAGACGGAGAUGGACACCAAUCUCAGCGGCCACGGCUACCCCGACCCCAACUACCUGGACAACGUGCUGGCGGAGCUGGCGGCUCAGGGCGUCACCGAGGCCUGCUUGAGACAGUAACUCGCCUCUGUCCCGGCUCCGCGUCCCGGCCGUGCAAUGCACGGCGAAUGCCCACUCAGGCCUCUGGCGGGCGGCUAGUGCACUUAUUCCUGUUGCCUUAUUCCUGUCUCUAAUCACUUGUCGUGUUCUGAGCAAUAACAUUGGAUUUGGGGGUCACGUGCUCGGUACAGUCUGUUUUCUGGAGAGCAGGUUAUUUUUGUAUAAGCAAAGGGGCCUGAUGCUGGGGUCUCGGGCGUGACGCCGGAGCGCUCCUGCUGCAGCCAGGGCAUGCUCGGGAUGUGUUCCCUAGGCGGCUGAUCAACUCGCUUUCGAAGCACUCGGGCUGUCCCAGUCCUGCUCCCUCGCUGCGUAGGGGGACGGCUUGCUGUACUCUGGAUCAGCGACGAGUGGCCAGAAAUGUCCGUCCGUCCUCUGGCUAAUGCACCGAGACUCUGCUCAGACACUUCCGAGUGCGUCCUUUCUCCCCCACGUCCCCGGGUAGCUGACUUAAUACAUGUGCUGUGCUCCUAAUAAACGCUGCAUUGCUAUGGA